CGCCAAAUCAAGACCAAGCGGUACUAUUAUGCGCAAAAAUUUUGACCAGAGUACGCUACACUACCAGCAUUCAGGUAGCAAUUCUUUAACUACUGAAACCCCGAGCAGAAGUGUUUCCGCUUCGGUUACCACUUCCGUUCACGUUUCUGUCUGUCGCACAAAUGCAAUACAUGUGCGCCAACUUCAAUGUGUUUCGCCUUGGACAGUUUAACGUGCCUCUGUGACUCUUCUACAUGUCGGCGAUCGCAAGUCGCAAACGAAGACUUCCCGUGACAGCUUCGCUGGCUCCGCAACGUAGUCUCUUGCGUCCUUGCGUACCUAUCUAGUGAGCGAGCCACGCAGAAAAAAUAAGGAAGGACGAUGCACGCUGCGGGUGUUAGCGGCCGGCGCCGAAGUGGCGCUUAGUUUGCAACGUUUUGACAGUUUUCAUAGUGUGUUCUACGAACUGCGUGCGUGUGUUUGUGUGGCACGAUGUCUCAGCUCUCGAGACAAUCGCCGAACCAGCAGUACAUGUGGGGAUUCAAUGCGCCGCACCGGUGUGCGCACUGCAAACUGCGCUUCGUCGAUGAGUGCGAACUGAACCUGCACCACCGGCGCCAGCACGGUCUCAAGCUUCUCGCGGUCGAGAACUGGAACUCCGGCGAACGAUGCUACGGGCCGGUGUCGGCUUGGCCCUCAAAGGCGGCGCGGGUGAUCGACUUCACCUGCCUCCUGUGCGACCAGCAGUCCACGUCCUGGACCGAGGUCUCUUCGCACAUAGCCGACGCUCACUCGCGGCGCGUGUGCACUUGCUGCGGUCGCCUGUUUGCCAACGAGGCCGCUCUCAAGUCGCACCGUCGCAACAUGCACGAAGCCGCGAGGGCGAAGAUGGGCGGCGCAGAGGUCUUGGCGACUUCGUCGUCGUCGCAAGCUUCUUCUCUCGAGGCCUCCGCGACGAACGAGCCAAUGGCGGUGGACAACAGCGCCGGCAACGCGACGGACGAGAUGCCGACCGCGUCGCUGGCCCAGGUUGACUGCAGCAUCUGCCAGAUGGCCCAAGUGCACCCUCAGGACUCUGACGGCGCCUUCAUUUGCGCCCACUGCGCGUGGACGUCGCUUAGCGUGUCGCGCCUCAAGAGGCAUCACCUCGAGAUUCACGACAAGGGAGAGUAUGCGCAAUUUUUACUCCAGGGAACGUCGGCUGCCGAAGUCGGAUUGAAGGACUCCAAUCCCACCCAAGACGACCUGGCGGACCAGGACACCGUCAGUGGACCGUCGUCCAGGGCCGAGAGCCCCAUUCCCACAGCGGGAUCGAAUGCCGGCAAGAUUAGCAAGGCCACUGUUCGCUCGGUAGAAAGCGGUGCCGUCAUGGACAACAAGAAACGAAAGGAGACGACGAGACCAGCGAAGAGGAACCUAGAGAUUGCUUGUCCGAGCUGCAAUUUCACCGGCUCCACGUAUUUGGCGAUUCGCUUGCACAACAUAUCCGAGCAUGGUGAGAAGCCCUUCCACAAACCUGACGACCAAGGCACGAGUCGGAAACCAUCUGCCACCACUAAGUCAAGGCAUGCGCCAGGCAUGAAGACAGCAGCUAGACCCGCCGUCGAGGGAAGACAAGCAUCAGAUGACAGCCGCAGCAAGAAGAGCUUCACGGCACACGGCUACCAGCAGGACGGCUUCGUCUGCAGUGACAGGAGUAGCCUGGAAAGCGACGACGAAGACAGCUCAACGAACACAGCUGCUCUGAGCCCACACUCGGACGCCGACGCCAGCUGGCAUCCGAGCGAACGGUCGGGUGAGGACACAGUUCAAGAAGAGGAGGAGGAUUCCUACAGUGGCGUCGACAACGAAGAGAGUCACCUCUCCUGCGAGAGGUGCCAGGAGAGCUUCGUCUCCAAGUUGGGUCUCGCCGUUCACAUGAGCCGGUCACACAGGGUGUCAUUCUUCUGUACUUACUGCUUUCGUGGCGCGAAGCGUGUCGACCUCCUGCGCCUCCACCAUGAACGGGAGCACCGACAGCUCCCAUUCACGUACCGCACCCUUGACAAGCUCAAGUUAGUGACGGUUGGCGAAGACUCGGACGAGAGCGACGAAAACACCGUCGCCAGCGAGAGACCCGUUGGCAGGUCUGUCCGGCAUCCCACGAGGCACCGUCACCGUGGCGUUCAGAAGAGUGUCCCGAGGAGCUCCUCGCGACAGUCAUCCGUCAACGUAUCACCGAGCGAGCAACAUGAUUCAACGCCGUGGCGGCGGAAAAGGCCCCGACUCCUCUCCUCGUCCAGCGAUGAGGCGACAGAUUGCUACGAAUUAGAAACUGCCGUACCUACCAUUUCACGAUGUGUCUACUACGGUUACCGGUGCCCCAAGUCAGUCCGUGCUUUCCACCAGUUGGUAGCCAAUAUAAGUGAUGAGUUCAAAUGUAGUGCUUUCAGCUGUGGCUUCAGCACGAGCAGCUCUUCAGACUUUGAAAACCACCUGAAGAGUCAUGACCUCGCCGACGUCUUCUGCAUCUACUGUGGCGAUAGCGUUGCCAGUCCCGGGGCCUUGAUAACUCAUCUCGAAGAAGACCACGGCGAUCUGCGAUUUCAGUGCUUCAAGUGCCUGUACCGAACUGCCCGCAAUAUGCAUUUCAAUAUCCAUUUCCCUCAGGCGCACCCUCAAGAUACAAUUGCAUCCGUACCUCUUUCAAGUCGCGGUGACCCCCCAGCAUCUAUCUCUACUGUAAAGAUCAAAGAAUUCAGUCCAUAUGCGUGCGGGCUUCCGGGGUGUCUGUUUAAAAACAGAAAACGAUAUGAGUUUGAAAAGCACUUUGAAGAGGUUCAUGGCGAUGCAGACUCGUAUGCAUGCGGAAUCUGCCGUAAGAGUUGCCAGUCUGUGGGAGCGCUCCUGGAGCACUUUCGGGACCAUGGUUUCGCGGACAUCGAAUGCGGCUACUGCACCUUCGGGACUGAAAACACUGGCACCAUGAUGCUGCAUGCCUGCUACUGCCACUCAAGCCACUUGACCAUGUUUCGGGUGAGAAGCGACAACCUCAGCAAGCAGCUCAUCACUUCUUCCGACCAAGGCAUCAAGUAUGAAACCUCCUACGACCUGAGCCACUUGACGUUUCAGCAGCGGUGCUGCUACUGCCCAGCGUUGGUGACGGGAUUCGAGGACUUUCAGAAGCACGUGUCGGGCAAGCACGGUCUUGCACUCUCCGUGCAUGAGCUCGCGGACAAACUCUUCAUGCUGUACGACUACACAGAGGCGGUGCAACACGGCCAGUGCCCAUUCUGCUCGUUCGCCGUUGACGACGUCAGGCGCCUACAGCAGCAUGUGUUGAAGCAGGAGCUCCGCAUCACGACCUAUGUCUGUUCGGCCUGCCGUCAUGGCUUUGAUGACCAGCUAUCCUGGAAGAAGCACGUCGACAACCGUUGCUCUUCAUCCGCGACGCUGCUGGUAUGCGAGAACGGGCCGCUGCUCUCGUGGGUGCAGCAUAAUCUGGCGUUCAAGUUCCAGCGUUUCGGCUGCUGCCACUGUGCACAGGUCUUCAACGUGGCGUCCACCUUCCGGAGCCACCUCCAGCGCCACUACACAUACUACCCAGCACUGUGCAAGAUCUGCGACCAGUCGUUCCGUGGGAUCCACGCGAAGGAGGCUCACAUGAGAACCGUUCAUGGCGGGUCGGGCUCGACUGAAGGCAAGGAGGUCGACGUCGACGCGGAAGUGGCCCGCCAAAGCGUCUCGCGCAUGCUCCACACUUGCCACAGGUGCGGCUUUCAGACUUUCAGCCAGACGUACGUUGAGAUGCACCGAGAAAAGUGCUCCACGUCGGAGAGUUCGCAACUCGCACUUCCAGUGAGCCUAGAGAGGUCCGAAAGGGGCAGUGCCACUACAGAGGAAGAGGAGGAUGUCCCCGCUUAUUACUGCAUGCAGUGCAGCGUGGGCUUUAUGUACCUGGAGCGACUGCUAAGCCACGGCUUCACUCAACACGGGUGCGACUACUUCUGCACCCUCUGCUACCGGGGCUUUCAGACCAAGGAACUAUUUGCGCGACACUGCAGGAGUCGUGCCUGCCGACGACCUCCUUCCGCCUUGCACGUUGAAGUCGUGAAGCGGUCCUCGCAGCGGAAGUUCUUCUACAGAGAGCUUUUCAUCGACUACGACGUCGGUAACGGGACAUACAGUUCGUCGGGGGAGGACGACGAGCUGGAAGAGUGUUACUAUUCCUUCUACAGGCAGGAGUACGAACCGGUCCAGGGGAUCAGCUGCACAUACAUCACGGACGGGACGGGCACUAAGCUCUCAGUGUCGGACGUCGCGCGGGUGCUGAACAUCGAACCAUAUGUUUGCGUUCGCGAUUGGAAGAAGACCCUGUUUUGAGGUCGCUACUUUGGGAAAUAGUGACUCCCCGUUUUGGCGCCUUUUCUUUUUUCAAUCAUUUUGAUCUCCUACACGGCCUCUUGGCUAUGCGUAAUUUCACUACUUUCUUCCAGUACAUAUGUUGACAGUGCUUUCCGUACUGCAUGCUGGGUCUACAACUGCUUGGCCGGGGGCACUGAUGUCGUGCUUUUCGUUGAACUGUUAUUUAUGAGAGCCACUCUUGGCACUGUUACUUGAAUUUCUGCUUUGCAGCUAUACGGCAGGGCGUUUUCCAGGGACCGACGGGAAAUUUUUGUAAAUAACAGUGUUCUCUAGAGGUCUCAUGGGUUGUUGUUUUGCAUAACCUAGGUAGUGUUUUUCUAUUCUUUGUGCCAUUAAGUGAACUUGCAUGCCACCUUACAGCUACUGUGGCUAGCAUGUGUUGUUGACACGAGGCAAGGUGUUACAAAAACACAAGUCCUACUUGAUCUAAGCUUCACCGUCACUACUUGUACUGAACUGUGGAUAAGCUCUUCUCUCCUUCUAUAAAUAUUGCACUUAAAGGUCUUGCAUGAAACUUUAAUGAAAACACACUUAAAAGUUUCAUGUAAUAAUAAUCGUAGGCUAUGUAUAGUCUCUUUCUAUCACUUGUUGUACAUUAGAUGUAUUGAUGUCCUUAGUAGUGUUCGUAAGGAUUAGGUUGUUUCCUCCCUCAAUAAAAAAAAAGGAAUUAUGCCAGUUCUCUGUAGCAUGUGUAACAUGUCUGUUUCAUGCUGUAUGCUUCUGAGGUGUCUGUACAGUAAAUAAACACGUUUCUGUAAACGCAUGUAUCACCUUUUUUGUUU